GCUAUUCAUACGAAAAAAACCGGUCUCACUUUAAAUGUCAGCUCACCUGUCUGCUGGGCUCUUUUAGGGGUGGCCAUUUAACUGAAGACAGGACUUUGCUAAACGGAUUAACUUGGAUUGCCUUUUUUUGUGGAGCAAUAAUCAAAAAAGCAUAACAAUGGAGUGGAGGAUUAUACUACCUGUUCUGUGUCUAAUUGGAUUCCUUCAUGUGCCAGUAAAUGCUGCUGACCCCAGCAACAGCACCAACAGCUCCGUUGCUUUUGAGUUUAAUAUAGUGUUCUUCAUUAAUGACACUUUCAUUGACUCCUACUUCAACAUGACCAAUAAUGUCACAAUAGCCCUGAAAAGCUCGAUCAUCUCUCAGGUUUCUCCACUUUUUACUUCAAUUAAAAACUUCCUAAGCUUUGAUAUUCUGCAAUUCAGAAAUGGCUCCAUUGGGGUAGAUGGAAAACUUUACUUUAACGGCACUGACUCCAAGCCUAGUAUAUCCAACCUGACACAAAUCUUGAAUAGUGGAAAUUUCAGCUUCACGAUUCUAACCAAUUUAACCAAAAUUGUUGAGGUCACUUCAACUGCUGCACCUGCAGUAACUUCAGUGACAGUGUCAGUAAGUCAAAAUACGGCUAGUCAAAAUACAACAGUCCAGACACCUGCUAAAGUUGCUAGAAUCAAUCUAGUGUUUAGAAUCCUUCAAAACUACAAGGACAUCUAUGCUGAUCUCAACAAUGCUGAGACCAAACAGCUGUCAGACACCAUCACAGCUGGGUGUUCUGGAUUUUACAAGAAACGAUUUUCCAACUUCUUCCGCAUGUUGAUUCGAAAAUUCACUCAGGGCUCCAUUGUGGCAGAUUCUGUCUUAGAGUUUGACACCACAAACAGCACUAGCCCUAAUGUGACAGAAGUGACAAAAGCCUUUACCGAUGCAGUUGCGAACGGAACUUUAAACGUUACAGUUGAUGUCACAUCCAUCAACGCUACUGAUAUAACAAACAGUGAUACAAAUGUGACAGCCAACACUUCAGUUACAACUACGAUUACGACUACGACUCUAGCUGUACCAACUGCAGCAAGCAUUGCGUCAUAUAACGUGACCUUCAAAAUGUCGGGAAACUUCACAAAUGACCUAUCCAAUCUGACCUCUCCUGCAGCCACUUCUCUGUCGAACUCGAUCAUUGCUCAGUUUAAUGCAGUUUUAGGAACAAUUAAUGGCUACAGACGUACAUUCAUCUGGCGGUUCAGGUCGGGCUCCAUCAUAGUAGACGGUGGACUUGAAUACAACAAAGCAUCUAGCCCUACCGCAGCAGUCCUAGCUAAACUCCUUGCUGACAGCGUUAGAAAUGGAGCAAUCUCAUUGCCAAUUGAUCCAACAUCUAUUAUAGUUACAGACUCCACAGGAGCUACUGCUAACAAGUCUCCGGUCUUGGCUAGCAUGCUCACUGCUUUCUGGAUGACGCUAGCAUCACUUCUGUUGUCAGCUGCGAUGCACUAAGCAUCACCUUCACACAUAAAGUCAUGCGACUGCAAAAUGAUUGUGGCAUUUUUUUAUCAAUUUGGUCACAUUAAGAAUCAGCAAGUGACAAGUUAUGAUCUAGCUGUAACAUUUACUAGUUUUUCUUGCCACAUAUAGAGCCUGGUGAUACAAAUGGUAUGUGUGAGUGACGGUAUUUUAGUUUCUGAUUUACAAAAAGCACAUUGUUUGUGCGUGUGUACACUGGACUGGAGAAUUUAUGAGGAUUGGUGUAGUGAAUCCAAAUCUGAACAUUUCUCCAUGCCACAGGAAUGGCACAAGUGAAAGCUAUUAUGUUAAGAUUCAAAUUUGAAAUUGUUUUGCUAUUUUGAAAACGGAUUGAACUAUAAAUAUCUUUACCCGUGUAUUAGUUAGACUCUGAAGAUGUGAAAUCUAUGUAUUUAAUCUUUUAGUAAAUGAAACAUGUUCUAAUAGAUUUUAUUGUGUUUUAUGAAGUACUAAUGUUUAAUAAAAUGAAGGGGAAAUCCUAUUCCGUUUGCAAAUUCAGUGCUGCAAAAACUUUACAAAUAAAGACUAUACUGAAAUGAA